AAUACACUUUUAGGUUCAGGGAACCCCCAGCGCUCACUCCGUGUGUUUCAUGUGAACAGAGAAAUUGGAGUGUGGUUCUCUCUGCCGUUACCAUGGCUGCUCUCUUCUUCCUGGUCGUGUUAGUUCUCAACUUCGUGGCCCAAGCUCUUCCGGCGUCGAGUUGCGGGACGCCUCAGGACACGGCGGCCUCCACCGUCAGCCCGACAGGGUGCUCGGAGCCCCACAUCGGCGUCGGCGACAAGUGCUACGCCUUCGUCUUGGAUUUCGCCCGCACGUGGGCCGAGAGCCGGGACUACUGUCAGAGCAUUGGGGGAGACCUCGCCAUAGUGCAGUCGUGCGAGGAGUUCACCACGCUGGUUCGGAACAUUCAUAUGCUCGGACAAGAAGUGCCAGAUCGCUUCUCCUACUGGCUUGGCGGGACAGAUCUGGGUGACGAAGGUGCCUGGACGUGGAUUGAGGGCACUCCGAUGGCCAUGGGGGUGCCAUUCUGGGGACAGGCCGGUGAAACGUUCGAACCAAACGGGGGGAAUGUACAGAACUGCGCCCAGAUAUACAAGGAAGACCGAUACUUCAUACACGACGGGGAGUGUGACAAGCACGGUUACGCCCUUUGCCAGGAAGGUCUGGUGGCGCGUCUUGACAACCACGGACGGGUGAUCGGCGAGAGAGAUUGAAAAGAUUUAUCCCAUGGCAGAACAUUUAAAGUUUGGAUAUGUGAACUGAUACGUCGGUCAAUUGUACAAAAAUGAUUGUUCCAGCUUGUUCGCCGAGGAAGGGAGGUCGUGUCAGUAUUUAAGAAUUGUGAAACGUGUUUUUUUUCCAAAUCGGUCUCAUAUCCUCCGCAUAACAUACAAAUUAGCAAAUGAUAUUGUUAAAAAAAUGUACAGUUACCUUCCUGGUUUCAGUUACAUAUCCACAAUCGUUGUAUUAUAUUGUUUCCACUCCUCCUUCCCACCCACCUCUCUCUCUCUCUUUCUCUGAUGCCAUUUUCCCCAUUGUUAGAUUACUGUCCCCUUGGAUUCCUAGGACGCCUUUCCUUAGAAUAAAAGCUGGAAGAUGAAAAGAUGAUAUGUAAAAUAACAAUAACCCAAAACUUUUAUAUGAGAAUGAUUUUUUAAAUGUUUCAGUCAAGGUUGUCAAAUACAAAUUCCCUGUCAAAUGUAAUUCAUAAGGCUGACAUGUAAAUACAGGAAAAUAAAUGUAUUAUGUAU